AUGGGGUGGCCGCCCAAGAGGCUGCCCACCCCCGCGGGCAACUUCAUCGGCAGCAAGCGCGCUAGCGGCAGCACCCCGCCCACCACAGACAGCGAGCCUGCCGCCGGGUCAUGGGCUACGGCGCGGGUGAAGCGCACGGCGGGCAAGCUGGACGACCUGGUGGCCCGCGACGAGGCCACCAGCGACAAGGACAAGGAGUUCCUGCUGUCGAAGCUCAAGCACCUGCAGACCAAGCGCAACACCGACGCCGAGCCGCCCCAACAAGCUGCGACCACCAAGGACCUGCCACAGCCACCCGGCCACAUAGCAGCGUCGCCGCCGCCUCCGAGCAACUUUGGCCUCGAUGCGGCCGGUCGCGCUCGCGCAGGCAGUGCACAGGCACACAACAAGCCGCUGCCCACAGCACCCGUGGCCGCCACGAGCUGCAGCGGCGCAGACGCAGAUGAGGUCAAGCACCUGCGCGCGCAGCUGCAGGCUAAGGACGAGCAGAUCGACGGCGCGGCGCGGCAGCUCAAGGCCAGGGAGGCCCAAAUCGAGGAGCUGAAGGCGCAGGCGCGCGACGAUGCCGAGCAGACGCGCGCGCUCCUCCACGCCCGCAUCGAGGCGCUGCGCGAGGAGAUGCAGCAGCGAGCCCGGGAAAAGGAGGACGCCGAGCGGGGCAAGGCCGAAGCCGACAAGCUGGCGGCCCUGCGCGAGCGCGAGGCGCAGCUGGAGAACGAGUGGCGCCAGCGGCUCGGCGACGAGGUGGCCAAGGCGGUCGAUGACCAGCGGCGGGCGCUCGAUGCCGACAAGGCCCGCGCGGUCGAGCGGGUGGAGGAGGAGUGGCGGCGCAAGCUCGAGGAGCGGGAGAAGAAGUGGAGCGAUGCGGCCGGCGAGGAGGCGGCCGGUUUGCAGAGCAAGCUGCGCGAGGCCGAGGCGAGGGAGCGGGAGGCCGUGGCCCGCGCCGAAGCGGCGCUGCGCGCCAGGCUCGAGGAGCGCGAGAAGGAGCUGGAGGCCAAGGCAACUGAGGCGGGCCAGCAGGUCCAACACCUGCGCGCCCAACUAGACGCGGCCAAAAAGAACGAAAGCGACGCCGUGGCUCGGCUCGAAGGCGAGUGGAGCGCGAAGCUUGAGCUGAAGGUCCAGCAGCUGACGGCUCAGAUCGAGGUGGCUAAGAAGAGCGAACGCGACGCCGUGGCUCGGCAUGAGGAGAAGGACAGGGCGAUUGUCCAAGCGAGCGAGCAGCUCCGGGUCCAGGCGGAGGAGGCCCAGAAGCGCGAGAGCGGAGUCGUGGCUCGGAUCGCGGAGGAGUGGCGCGUCAAGUUCGCCGAGAAGGACAGCGAGCUCGAGCGGGCCAAAAUGCAGAUGCAGGAGGAGUUCGAGAAGAGCAAGAGCCAAGACGUGGCGCGGCUUGAAGAGGAAUGGCGCGCCAAGGUCGAGGAGAAGGACAGGCAGCUGCAGCAGACCACCGAGAAGGCCGGCGAGGAAGUGCGGCAGCUGAGGGUCCAAUUCGACGAGGCCAAAAAGAGCGAAAGCGAAGCCGUGGCCCGCGUCGUGGAGGAGUGGCGCAUCAAGGUCGAGGAGAAGGACAGGGAACUGCAGCAGGCCGUCGAGAAGGCCGGCGAGGAGGUGCUACAGCUAAGGGCCCAGUUGGCGGAGGCCAAGAAGAGCGAAAGCGAAGCCGUGGCCCGCGUCGUGGAGGAGUGGCGCACCAAGGCCGAGGAGAAGGACAGGGAACGGCAACAGGCCGGUGAAAAGGCCGGCGAGGAGGUGCUACAGCUGAGGGCCCAAUGGGAGGAGGCCAAGAAAAGCGAAAGCGAAGCCGUGGCCCGCGUCGUGGAGGAGUGGCGCACCGAGGUCGAGGAGAAGGAUAGGGAGCGGCAACAGGCUGUCGAGAAGGCGGGAGAGGAGGUGCGACAGCUGACGAUACAUUUGGACGAGGCCAAGAAGAGCGAAAGCGAGGCCAUGGCCCGCGUUGUGGAAGUCAAAAAGAGCGAAAGCGACGCCACCGCCCGCAUCGAGGAGGAGUGGCGCGCCAAGUUCGCAGAGAAGGAGAGGGCGCUUGGCGAGGCAUUGACGAAGGCUCAAGAGGAGGUUCGGCAGCUGAAGUGCCAGGCGGAGGAGGCCAACAAGAGCGAAAGCGAAGCUGUCAUCCGGGUCGCGGAGGAGUGGCGCGCCAAGCUGGCGGAGAAGGAGAAAGAGCGAAGCGAGGCCGUCGCGAAGGCCAGCGAAGACGCAGAGGAGGCCAAGAAGCGCGAAAGCGAGGUCGUGGCUCGACUCGAAGGCGAGUGGCGCGCCAGGCAUGAGAAGAGUGAAGAAGAGCUCAAUCGCACCAUCGCGAAGGCCAGCGAAGACGUUCAGCAGCUGAACCGUCAACUCGAGGAGGCCCAAAAGAGCGAAAGCGGCGCCACCGCUCGGAUUGCCGAGGAGUGGCGCACCAGGCUCGAGCAGAAAGACAGGGAGCUCAGCGAGGCCGCCGCGAAGGCCAGCGAAGACGCUCGGCAGCUGAGGGCUGAAGCAGAGGCGACCAAAAAGAACCAAAGCGAUGUAGUGGCUCGACUCGAGGAGGAGUGGCGCGCUAAGCUCGAGGAAGCCAAGAACGAAAGUGACGCUGUGGCCCGGCUCGAAGGCGAGUGGCGCGCGAAGCUCGAGGAGAAGGACAAGGAGCUCAGCGAUACGCAAGCGAAGGCCGACGAGGAGGCCCAGCGGCAGCUGAGGGUCCAUACAGAGGCAGCCAUAAAGAGCGAAAGCGAAGCCGUGGCCCGGCUCGAGGCGGAGUGGCGCACCAGGCUCAACGAGAAGGACCAGGCGCUCGGCCAGCAGAUCCAGCAGGCCGACGAGGAGGUCCAGCGGCUCACAGCCCAGCUGCGGGAGGCCGAGCACCACGCCAACGAGGCCCAAGCCGAGGCGCAGGCGGCGCUCGAGGCCGAGAGGCAGCGGGCGCGCGAGGCCCAGCUGGCGUGGGAGGCGGCCGCCGCCGAGCGGGAGCAGCGCGCGCAGGCCCAGCUGGCCGAACUCCGCGCCGAGGUCGAGCGCCGCGAGGCUGCGGCAAUCAAGUCGGGGAGCGAGAGCGCGCAGGCCGCGUGGGAGGACCGGCUGGCGCGGGCUGCGCGCGAGCACGGCCAGCUCAUGGACGAGCAACGGCGGCAGCACGAGGCCCAGCUCGAGGCCCUUCGCGACGAGACUGCCGAGUGGCAGGCCAAGGAAACGGCUCUUAAGAAGGCGGUGGGCGAGCUGCGCGAUGAGGCGGAGAGGACCGGGCGGCAGCACGCAGACGCGGAGGCCGCCCUUAAGAAGGCAGUAGAGGGGCUGCGCGAGGCGAUGGCCAAGCGCGACGAGGAGGCGCUGGCCGCGGAGCAGGCGAGGGAGGAGGAAUCGCGGAAGGAGAGCGAACAGCGCGAGGCCGAUCAGCAGAGGCGAGUGGACGACCUGCGCGCCGAGCACGAGGCCGAGCUCCGACGCCAGGCCGCGGAGCUGGGCGAGCAGCUGGCGCAAGCGCGGGUUCGCGAGGCCGAGCUCGAGCGGGCGGGCGACAAGCUGAGGCUGGAGGCCGAGCAGAUACGCGAGGAGAUGGCGGCCGAACGAGUGCGGGCGGAGAGUGAGGCGCAGACGCUGCUCAGGCGCGAGCUGGACGAGCUCGAGGCCGAGUGGAAGCGACGGAUGGAGGAGCGGGAGGGCACCGAAUGGACCCGGCGCGUGCGGGAGAUCGACCAGGCCUGGCAGGCCAAGCUGGCCGAGCGCGAGGUGGCCCUGGAAGAGCUCAAGGCCGAGGCGGUGCGCGCCAAGGAGAGGGAGGCGGCCGACGCCGAGCAGCGGCUGCGCGAGGAGCUGGCCCGCGAGUGGGGCGAGAAGCUGGCGGCCAAGGAGACCGAGGCGGAGCUGGCCCAGAAGCAGCGCGUCGAGGAUGUGGCUCAGGAGUGGGAGCAUAAGAUGCAACGACAGGCGGGCGAGCUCGACGAGGCCAGAGGCGAAUGGCAGCAGCGUGAGCGCGAGCUGCUGGCCCAAGAGGCGGACAAAGAGGCCGCGUGGGAACUUAAAGUGGCGGAACUCACCGCCGCGCACACGCAGGCGAGCGAGGAGUGGGCUCUGCGCGAGCGACAGCUGGCCGACGCCCAACGCACCGCCGAGGCCGAGCACGCCCAGCGUGUCGGCCAAGCCGAGGGCGAGCGGGCCUCCAGGGAGAGCGAGUGGGCGCGCGAACGCGACGGGCUUCGGGAGGAGCUGCGACUGCUCAAGGCCGACACCGCCAGCGACGCCGCUCGCCUGGCCGAGCGCGAGGCCGAGCGGCAGCGACAGGCAGCCGACCGGGACGCGCGAUUGGCCGAGCUCACCGAGCAAGCGAGGGACACCGACGAGGCGGCCCAGCGGAGGGAGCUCGAGCAGCUGGUGAAGCGGCUCGAGGAGGAGCUCGAGGCGGUGGUCGAGGAGCUUGAGGCGCUCGGGCGCGAGAACGAGAGGCUGACAGCAGACCUGGCGCGAGAGUCGGCGGCGCGGGCCAAGGUCGAGGAGGACCUGCGCGGGGCGCUGGCGCAGAUCGAAUCGCGAGACGCCGAGAUCGACGCCCUCCAGGCCGAAGUGGAGAACUGGGCCACCCUCAUGGAGCAGAUGCAGAACGAAGGUGGCAACAACGCCGCUUCCGGCGGAACGCAGCCCGCCUGA